UCCGGUGGUUUUAUGCAGACGGACCGAAGCAACAUGACAGCCGUUGAGGAGAACGCAGGUGUGAGAGCACAAGAUGAAGCAGAAAAAGAUGAAGAAUCCAAACUGCAGGUAUUAAAAGGUGCAGCGUUUCUGAGCACGGUGGCCUCAGCAGGGAUGAUCGCAGGAUUCGGCUCCACGUUGGCCCUGGCCAAGAAGAAGAGCCCUGAGUGGUUUAAUAAGGGUGUCACGGCGACGGCGGUGGCCCCAGAGAGCGGAGCCUCUCUGGCCCUCAGAGCUCUGGGUUGGGGGUCCCUGUUUGCCUGGUGUGGAGUGGGUCUGCUCAGCAUCACGGUGUGGAAAGCGCUCGGUGUUCACAGUUUUGCAGAGUUCAGAGAGACGAUGCAGUCCCUCUUCCCCUCCAUCCCAAAGAACCCAGAGGCUGCUGGAUCAGAACCGCUGGACUGGGACUCUCUGGUUAAGUCCAAGUGAUCCAGGUCAGAGAACGUAAUUAUGGGACAACAGCAAGAGACUGGACCAUGAUCCGGAUCAGUCCAGUUCUCAGUGGGACUCCUGGAUGAAAACAGAGCUUUGAGUUUUGGGACAGAUGAUGGGAAACGUAUGGGUCUGCAGGCAGAACCGAACCCAGCUGGUCGUGUAUUCAGGGCUGUUCUGAAGUCUGCAGAGAAAAAAUGUUUUGGCUUCAGUCAGAACUUUUUCUGAUGAUGUUUUCAGAGCUGUAGAGUCAAAAUUAAAGAAGUCCGCGGGAAAAAAUCUUCUGUUCUUUGUGUACGCAUCAAAAACAAAAAGGUUUAAACAGCAGCGGAUCCUGCUGCAUUCAAGAACCACAGAUAGCGUUGGACAGAUGAACUCCAUCACAUUAAUAAAACAUAAAAAAAUGGUGGAUUUUAAUGGUCUUAAAGUUCUGUUUCCCUGUUUAGUAUCUUAUAACGGUAGUGAAACAUGGAGUUUUUUUUUUUUUAAGGAUAAACACAAAAAACUGCCAUUUUGAUGACAUCACAUUUGCUAUUCUGAAAAGUUUUGGGAUUAAAAAUUUAUUUGAUGGAAUAAAAACUAACAUCUGGA